AUGGAGGACCACAUGAGCAAAAUGAACAUGUUUUCUUCUGACAUCUCUAAUGACUGCACAGAUGGAACUCAAUCAGAAAAAAGUUCAGUCCAAGGUAAAGCACUUGGCCAAGGACUGCUUUGUAAAGUGUGUUCUGAUUCAAGCAGUGGUAAACACUAUGGCAUCUAUGCCUGUAAUGGCUGCAGUGGCUUCUUCAAGCGCAGUGUAAGACGAAGACUCAUCUACAGGUGUCAGGCUGGAACUGGGAGGUGUCCUGUUGACAAGGCUCAUCGGAACCAGUGCCAAGCUUGUCGACUAAAGAAAUGUCUCCAAGCUGGCAUGAACAAAGAUGCUGUGCAGAAUGAGCGACAGCCCAGAAGCACAGCACAUGUCAGUCUAGACUCUAUAAGCGUGGACCCUAAAAAGGAGCACUUGGCCACCACACGGGAACUCACCUCUUCUACCACGUACCCAUCGGCCAUCUGCAGACCUCAGGUCACUUCAUCUGUCACCAACAUACAGCCCUGCAGCAACCCCAGUAACAGCCACCGCUUCAUGGUCAGCCUGCUGACUGCUGAGACCUGUGCGAAACUGGAACCUGAAGAUGUGGAGGAGAAUAUUGAUGUGACAACAAACGAUUCAGAGAGAGAUCGGACUCCCUCUGACUUUCGCACGACCCCGUACACCUCCAGCUGUUCAGAGAGUGUAUAUGAGACAUCGGCAAGACUCCUCUUCAUGUCUGUCAAGUGGGCAAAAAAUUUGCCUGUUUUUGCUCACUUGCCAUUUCGAGAUCAGGUGAUCCUCCUUGAAGAAGCUUGGAGUGAGAUGUUCCUCCUCUGUGCCAUCCAGUGGUCCCUGCCCAUGGACAGCUGUCCCCUUCUGUCUCUGCCAGACCUUUCCCCCACACAGCAGGCCAAGAGCAGCCUCCCCACAGCUGACCUGCGCAUCCUGGAAGAGGUCUUCAAUCGCUUCAAGGCCCUGGCUGUUGACCCUACUGAGUUUGCUUGCCUGAAGGCCAUUUUACUGUUCAAGCCAGAGACGUGCAGCCUCAAAGACCCAGAGCAGGUGGAGAAUCUGCAGGACCAGUCGCAGGUGUUGCUGAGUCAGCAUAUCCAUUCAAUAUACCCCAGCCAGAGUGCCAGGUUUGGGAGACUGUUACUGCUGCUGCCUUCCCUCCGCUUUGUGAGCUCUGAGAAAAUAGAACAGCUGUUCUUUCACAGGACCAUUGGUAGCACGCCCAUGGAGAAGCUGCUGUGUGACAUGUUUAAAAACUGA